AUGGGCACCUGCUCAGAAGACCCCCACCUGUGCGGGGCCUCCUGGCUCCUGCGAUUCACCAGCCUCCUUCUCAGUGUCUGCAGCGCUGUGACCCGGAGUCCUGGAGCCCAUGGGUCUGCAGUGGAGGAUUCUGGAAUCCCUGUUACUCUGAAGGGGAUUCAAGGAGCUUCUGUGUUGUUUCACAUGAUCAGAAAACCAGAAUUACCUCCUGAAGUCGAGCUGGAGAAUAUUACUUGGGGCAUUAUAAAUCAAAAACUGUACACACCCAUACUCCAAGUUAGUCCCAGGGGAGAUGUUCCACGAUGGGUCAACUUCCAGGACAAGUUCGAGAAGAGGGUCCAUGUGCUCAACCCAAUGACCCUGAGGAUUGACAAUCUGACCUUUGAGGACAGUGGGCUGUACCGGGCUCGAGAGUCCUAUACGAGAGGAAGACAAUAUUACCAGGAUUUCCACCUAAUGGUCUACGAGCCUGCGCCCCUUCCCCAGAUCUGGGCCACGGUUCUGUCCCUCACACCAGGCUGGUGCAACAUCACCAUGGAGUGUAACACCACAGGAACCAGGGAGAACCUAACGGUGUCCUGGGAGAAUGAGAGCCUCCCCAGGGAGCUGGAGCAGAGACAGGCCUCAGGACCAGCCCCCAACCUCUGGACUCUGGCUGUGAACCUGCCCCUGAGCCAGCCCAGCCCCAACAUUACCUGUGUGGUCACCAAUCAGGUGGACCAGAAAACUGCCACCCUGGACCUUGGGGACGUCUGUGUCCACAAAACACAUCCGCAAGGACAGACCAGUGCUGCCCACUUGCAAAACAUCCUGGUGCCUGUUGUGGUCCUGCCGCUGAUCUUCGGACCUGGACUGUACCUUUGGAAGAGACGUGGGAUGAAGAAGAAGGAGCCUGUGAGAGGCAGGGACAGGAUCACAGGAGGAGCCCAGGAACCGGAUGGUGGCAUCCACUAUGCAGAGCUGAGCCAGCAGGAGUCUGGACACCACAAGGACAAGGGUAGGGGAGAAACACAUCUAGAAGAGGAGAACUCUCUCAUUGCUGUACAUUCCGUGCUGCCGCCGUCUGCCUGGAGAGCCCGUCCGAUCCGGCAGGCAGGGGCUCGGCCCGCCAGACCGCCCCACGUCCCCGCCUCGGGCCACGAAGUCUCGAGCGUCCCCUGUGCUUCUGACCGGUGGCUUGUGAGCCGGGACACCGAGGAAGGGUCCGUUAACCGGCGAGAACAGCUCACACGCCGGGAAGCGCUGCUCCUGGCCGGCUCACUAAAGGUCAUGGCAAAGGGCACGGAGGCGCCCGGCGAGGUCCAAGGGCAGGGGCGCGGCGCUCCGGGCCCGGACCGGGCGCUCCGGGCCCGCACCUCCACCGUGCGCCAGCCGGGCAGCUCCGGAGCCGCAGACUUUGCGGAGUUCGCGGCGGCUUCCGCGCCCGGGCCUGACGGCUCUCGGGCUCCAUUCCCAACCCCUCCCCUCCCUGGGGCAACAGCGCUUGGGCGACAGUUCCGAGCUUCGCGUCAGGGCUCGACUUUCUGGGGACCGGCCCCGCCCCGGGCCCCACCGGAUCGCCUCGUGAGAACGAAGCGCCCUCCUGCCCGGGCAAGUCCACGCGAGGUCGGGGCUCCGUCUUCGGAGUCCGGGCGGAGACCGUACAAAUAUUCCCGCGGGGCGGCCACCACGGCGGGCUCCGCGGGCCCUGCACGCAGGCCCAGGCCGGGGCUCCCCUUGCCGCCCCGGGCCCCGAACGCCAGCCCCCUCCGCUGCACAGCCCACGGCGGCCCUGUCCGGAGCCCUGCGGCGGCCCCGCCUCCCCUUCCCACGGCCUCUGACCCCGGCCUCCACAACUCCGGAACCGGAAUCGGCUUCCGCUAA